UAUGGCGGCAGCGGUAGCAUCCAGCUCCACCUCAGAGCAAGCUGCUCUCAAAGCAGCAACAUUCCAGCGACUGCACCCACGAAUAUACCUGGAACGGUUUCUUGCUGAAAAUGUCCGACCGGACGGUCGGAAUGUUGACCAGUGGCGCGACGUCACCGUGAACGUCGGAUCUAUUACGACCGCAGAUGGGUCUUCGUUGGUGCGAGUUGGGGACACGACGAUCGUCUGCGGGGUGAAGGCGGAGAUUGCUGAACCUGAGCUCGACUACCCUGAGGAAGGGUACAUCGUACCCAAUCUUGACCUCCCAGCCAUAUGCUCUCCUCGAUUUAAGCCGGGUCCUCCGAGCGAGGAAGCUCAAGUCCUCUCGGACAGGCUGAACGAAGCAUUUCUCGCCUCGGGAAUUGUCGACACAUCUUCGUUGAGCAUCCGCAGCGGUAAAGCAGUUUGGGUGCUAUACAUCGACGCGACAUGCAUCAACUACGACGGAAAUGCCUUCGACGCAGCUUUGAUUGCGAUGGUUGCGGCGCUUAGGAAUACUCGUCUCCCGAGGGCCACAUACGACGAAGAUACAGGUCGAACCAUCUGCUCCCGGAAGGAAAGUAUACCGCUUCGGGUGAACAGUUCGCCACUGUCAAUGUCCUUUGGUAUCUUCGAAUCAUCCCAUCUUUUAGCGGAUCCCACGUCCUUCGAGGAACCACUGUUGGAUACCACAGUAACAGUAGUACUGAAGGAAGGUGGUACGUUGGUGUCCGCGAUUCAAGUGGGCCUUGGAGGGACAGGCUCGCAAGAUGUUCUCAUGUCAUGUAUUGCCGCCGCUAAAAGACGCCUCGCUGAAGUGGGCAGCCAAUUCUAUCUUUCAUAA